UGCUUUCUCUUCCUGCUUUGCCUCCGGGCCUAAUCCUGGUGGGCUCCUCCCUGACGUCCCCUCCUUCAGCUCCCCUCCUGGCCCCUCACAUAUGUUGGAAAACUCCAAAAAGGCCAGUUGGGCCUGAGACCCUGCUUGCCCAGCUACCCUCCCCAGCUUGGAGAAAAACACAGCCAAUUGAGCAACCGUUUGGGGAGCCGGAAUCUGACCGCCCUGACCCGGAGACCAGGUGGAGAGUCUUACCUGGAGCACACGCGCGCACAGGGUGCAGCGGGUCUCGGCGUCAUGCUCCAGCUCGGACUCGGUGUCAGCCGCGCGGCGCCUCGGGGCUGAAGCCCGGGGCGGCGGAGGCCCGAAGGCCAGCGGCACGUGAGGCGGCGGCGGCGGGCAGAGAUCCUGGCGGAAGUCGGCGCGCAGCCAGCGCAAGGUGAGUGGGAGUCGCGCCCAGGGCGGCGCGCGCAGCAUGUGCGCCAGCACGCGCAGGUGAAAGGCGAAGGUUGCCUCGCCGCGCAGGCGCGGACCCACGUGCGCCAAGCGGCGCGAGGCCUGCGGAUGCUGCCAGGCCCACUCGAACUGCAGGCGGGGAGUACUGAGCUUCAGGGCCGUCCGAGGAAGGCCCUAAGCCCUAGCCCCCGUCCUCCCGGCACCCCCGUCUCUUUUCUUACCCGAAGGGCGGCCACUGCGGAGGGGAAGCCGUGUACGAUGAGCACCAUCUCCCUGGGGAAGAGAAUGAGGGGCGCGGCCUGUGAGCCCCUCGCCCCUCCCCGUGUCAAACCGAAUCCCCUCGCCAUGGUGCGCCUCCGGUCCUACCCGAGAGGGGAGUCACACCCGGCUUCAAGCCUAGCCCACGAGGCUCUGCCCCCUUCAUGGAGGUGCAGAAACCGGAGACUGUUGGAAAACUGGGCUUGCAAGAGGGCGGAAGUGCUGUGUUUACUGACGCCUUAGUAAGGGCGGAAGUAGAGACCUCAACGGAAGUGGCGCUAGUAAGGGCGGGCAGUGUGGCAGGGGUGCGAGCAGGGGUACUGUCCCCGCUGGGACGUCGACCCUGUUGGGCUGCCACAAUGGAACUCAGCGCCGAGUACCUCCGGGAGAAGCUGCAGCGGGACCUGGAGGCGGAACACGUGGAAGUGGAGGACACGACUCCCAACCGUUGCGCGUCUAGCUUCCGAGUCCUCGUGGUGUCGGCCAAGUUCGAGGGGAAGCCGCUGCUUCAGAGACACCGGCUUGUGAACACUUGCCUAGCAGAAGAGCUCCUGCACAUCCAUGCUUUUGAGCAGAAAACCCUGACUCCAGAGCAGUGGACCCGUGAGCAGCAGAAAUAAGGGACCCGGACCUGCACAUCUAUUAAAUUAUGAGUCA